AUGUCUUCCAUAGGAUGUCCAAUUCUCUAUUAAAUGUUAGAAUUAUAGAUUCAACUACCUUAGUGCCGCCUUUCCUUUGUUCAGAAAAAAGAAUAUGUUCUAAAAUCAACUCCAGUGCCUGACCAGUGAUUCCGAACCAAGGCAAACAGAGCUCGUCGACCCCGCCCACUGCAGUUGAAUCGUACAGCCAACCCCCACAACCUCCAAAUUGGCAUCCCGUUUCCUCCGCAGCAUUGCCCGCCAAGUCCCCAACUACCUACCCGAGUCGCUGAUCGGCCCAGCCUCCGUCUGGACUGGCAUCUCGAAACCCAAACCGGGGCGGCUCGACUGGCCGGAGCCAGACGCAAGCAUGACCCCCCCGACCUCGUCAGCAGCGGCCCCGAAGAAGGUGGAGAAGUCGUACCUGUCGUCGGCUGUGGAGUCGAUCUCGCCGUGGACGAGCGCGCGGCCGGCCACGCCAAAGCCGGCGCAGGGGAGUGGUGUGGCGGCUGAGGCGCAGGCGGCGCAGAGGGGUGGUGAUCAUAGUGUUGGGCGUUCGCAUGGGAUUAGUACGAGGAGGUAUCCGGAGGAUUGCCCCCCGCUUAAGACGAAGUGGUUUUAUGCGGUUGAUGUUCCAAAGCGAAAACCUAAGCUGCUCAAAGACGUCAAUAUCGAGUCGAAACCGCUGCCUGCGCCGAAGAAAUACUUGACGUUCUCCCCCGGGGAUUCUCAGUCUAUCGAGAAAGCAUACCAGAAGUUUGUUGAGGAUGAAGAGGAUGAAGGGCAAACGGCUCAAAGUCCAAUCGACUUGACAACAUCGCCAGAGUCAAAGCCUGGCAGAAAGGAGAAUAGCUUUUUAGAAGGGGAUAGUUCUCCGAGGCAGCAAAGGACAAUCAAGGUACCUGUCAAUGAGGACUACCUAUUUGAUGUCGACAUCGAGGAGAGGGAACUUGCGCCAGUUUAUUGGCUUGGACCGAUAUAUGACGUGAGGAGAGGUACUUGGUUCUAUCAGGAGGGAUCGACGCUUAGGCCAUGUGAUGAGAACUUGGCCACACAGUUGGAGGAGGGAUAUCUGAAGGUCAAGCCAUUUCGCUAUCCGAAGCCUGCCGUUAAAGAUGCUCAGCCAAAAACCGCGGAUGAGGCGAAAUUGCCUACCGAUAUGGGCGCUGCCGAAGUCACUCCCAAAGCAUCCGCUGAAAACUUGAAAGGGGCCACGGAGCAGGCUGGAAGUAAACCUACGGAUGUCGCACACCAACCUCAGACUCACCGUCUGUUUGGCUCAUAUAUGAACUCCAUUGUCACAUACCAGGAUGACACCGUUGCGUGGUUAUCAGAUGACGGCAUCGUGUCCCGCAUGAGUACGACCGUUUACCAACGAUUUUCAGGAGGUGGCUAUAUGAGCGGUGUGAAGAUAGUGCGAGGUUAUACCAAAGGGGAGAAGACUUCAGCUGAUGCCAAGACUGAGGUGCCUUCGAGCCCAGAACCAGAUAUGGUAGAUGAGCCUGAUAAGGCAGGUCUUCGGCUUGAUGAAAGACAACAGAGGCUUCUGAAGCGCAGAUCCGCCCCAGCUGGGACGCUGAGGGCAUCCGAUAUUCGCGACUUACAUGCCGAAACGCAGAAGCCGGCGUUGAGUGGCAGUUCAACCCCGAAAACUGAAGAGGCGGUAAGAAAACUGGACGAAAAGGAGAUUCGGGAUGAUUAUCAGGAUCAUCCAUCCGAAGAUCAAUCUCGGGAGAUUGAACAUUUGAUUCUGGUGACACAUGGAAUUGGACAGCGUUUAGGGAUGCGGACCGAGAGCGUAAACUUUAUCCACGACGUCAAUGUCCUCCGCCAGACACUCAAAAGCGUGUAUGGAAACUCUGCGGAUCUACAAGCCCUGAAUUCCGAAAUCGAUAAGCUUCCAAAGAACUGCCGGAUUCAAGUCCUCCCAGUUUGCUGGCGACACUUGCUAGAUUUCCCUCGCCAUGGCCUGAAGCAGAACCGCAAAGAGCAUGAUCUUGCCGAUAUCUCUAGCGAAGACGAGGAAUAUCCAAGCUUGGACGACAUUACCAUGGAAGGUGUCCCGUUCGUGAGAAGUCUCAUCACCGACCUUGCUCUGGACGUCUUGCUUUAUCAAAGUGCCUAUAGGGAACACAUCUCUAAUAUCGUGCUCCGCGAGUGCAACCGGGUGUACAAGCUUUUCUUAGACCGCAAUCCAGAUUUCAACGGGAAGGUCAGCUUGAUCGGACACUCCCUCGGUUCCGCCAUCUUCUUCGAUAUCCUCUGCCGUCAGAAGGAAGACAAGGAUACGUACGGGCUACCCAAACACCCAAAGUUCUAUCACAAUCGACCCGGGGUGCAACCUCAAAGCAAAAAAGAUGGCAAGGAUAUGAGUUUCGAUUUUGAAGUUGAAGACUUUUACUGCCUCGGUAGCCCUAUUGGACUCUUCCAAAUGCUCAAGGGGCGGACAAUUGCCGCUCGGCGUCACCCUGAAGCAAUGCCAGCACAGAGCCCCAUGGAUUUGGAUAUGCUGGAUGACCCAUUCCUCGCCGCAAAUAGCCAUCCCAACGAGGCGUUUGUCCCCACAAGUGGGCUCCCCUACUCGAUAUCCUCACCCAAAUGCGCACAGCUGUACAACAUCUUUCAUCCUUCUGACCCCAUCGCAUACCGCCUCGAGCCCCUUAUAGCACCAGCCAUGUCAUCCCUCAAACCGCAGGCACUUCCGUACACGAAGAAGGGUAUCUUUAAUACGUCUGCGGCUCAAGGCAUCACAGGAAUCGGCGCCAGGGUCGGCCAGAGCGUAAGCGGCCUUUGGUCUAGCUUUAGCUCCGGAAUUGCGAGCAGUCUCCUCAAUCGAAGCCUCGGCCUCACCGGUGAGGAUAUCGCCAAGAUGGAGCGAGCACAGGGCCAGAGCAUCCGCGAGUCACCGCUGUCUAUGGGCGCCGGAACUAAUAUCUCAAGUGGGGGCGUUAUUGCCGGUACGCGGCCUCUGACGAGGGAAAACACGAAUGAGAAGCAGAGGCAGCUGGCGGAGGAUACUGCCAAUGCGGACCGGGAGGGCAAUGAUAAUGCGCCGACGCUGAUUGAUGAUGAUAUCGAGACCCUGUACGCCGGGUUCCAGAAGAAUCGGAAGAGUCACCAAGGGAAUGAGGAGAGUAAUAAGGAGAGGCUUGCGGCGGCGGAGAAGGCCAAGAAGCUGAGGAGAGAGGAGAUGAAGGUUAGAGGCUUGAAUGAGAAUGGUCGUAUCGAUUUCAGUAUCCAGGAGAGCGUUCUGGAUUUCAAUCCUUAUAAUACUAUCGCGAGCCAUUUGAGCUAUUGGGGUGACGAGGAUGUGUGUCAUUUCAUGCAAUCCCAGUUAUUAUCUAGACACCGGGCGUUCAAGCGGAGGGCUAGCGUGGACCUCUUGAAGCGUUGAUUGAUGCGAUGUUCGGAUCCGGUAGGGCUUAGAAGAGUGUAGACACAAUAGAAUAUACAUACUAUCUCAUGUUGCUCUGGUGAAUGGUCAUUAUA